AUGAACACGGUCAAUAACUCCACCGGGUUCUCCCCCUUCCAGUUAAAGACUGGACACUCUCCACGCCUUGUGCCCCCCUUCUCCCAGGUGUCAUUGGCAGAUGAUACCUUGGAUGAGGCCACGCGCGCUGCUGAGCUUUUCACGUGCCUGGAUACAGACAUCAUGGAAGCUCGAGAUAAUCUCUUUCUCACAAAAGUUAACCAGGCAGCACUGGCUAACCGCUCGCGCAGCGAAGAGAUUUCCUAUGCGGUUGGAGAUAAGGUGAUGCUGUCGACCUUCCACCGCCACCAUGACUACAUGCAGCGCGGCGACAACCACAUAGCUAAAUUCAUGGUCCGUUAUGAUGGCCCCUACAGCGUCCUCCACUCCUACCCUGAAUUUUCUGCAUACACACUCAAUCUCCCCGCAUCCACCAACAUCUUCCCCACAUUCCAUGCCUCCCUCCUCAAACCUUGGUUCAAAAACAACCCCGAGCUUUUCCCUUCACACCAAUGCAGCCAGCCGGGCCCUAUUAUCACCACCGAUGGCGCUGAAGAAUGGGAAGUCGAAUCUAUCGUUGACCACCAUCCUCGAGGUCACAGUUUCCAAUACCUCGUGCGCUUCUGCAGAUACGGUCUGGAGCAUGACAUUUGGUUAUCCCGCCGAGAAGUAAAUGACUUAGCUGCACUUGAUGAAUACUUACUCCACUCCCCUCAUUAA